AUUUUUCCUUUCUGAGAUAUUUGAACAUUAAUAUAAAAUAUGAAUAAGUAAAAUAUUCCUUAAGAAUAAUAAUGAGCUUAGAGCAAAGAGUUCUAAGAAACCUUAGUUAAUUUGCUAGUUGGGGGGGGUGUGCAUUUUGUCUGUGUACAGAACAGCCUUUCAUGCCUUAUAUAAGGGAAAACAAAACCUUAUUUUUAAGAUAAUUUUCCAAUUUAUAGAAUAAAGUUUGUAACAAAACAUGUUCCUUUCCAGUUUUUUUCCCCCAAUAUGAUUUUUAUAAUGUAAAGAAAAAAAAUCAUGGUUUGUUCUAGCUAAGAGUACUUACAUGAUGGUCCACUCUCUCCAGAAAAUGAUUUUUGUACCAGGCUUAACUGUCUAGAUCCUUCUUCUUACACAUGAUUCAGUGUUUCCAGUUUCUGAUUGCUUGAUCAUGUGUCUAUCAAAGUUGGAAGCAACUUUAGAUCAUGCCAGAUGGAGGUGUAGUAAGCAAGGUUUCCCUGCCACAAGUGCUCUAAUUUAAUUAAAACUAAAAACAGAUUAGCAGAUCUGUCAGUUUGCCUUCCUUUGUGUUUGCGUGUGUGUGUGUGUGUGUGUGUGUGUGUGUGUGUGUGUGUGUGUACAUACAUAGGACAAAAUUAGUAAUUCCUUUGGAUAUUUAUCUUUAGGGCAUUGUAUCUCUUUUCUUUAAGUAGAAUGUAUAACUUUGGGGAUUUUCUUUUAAUAUCCCAAAGUUUAUCUUAUUGGUAUCCUCCACUAUUCAAGGACUUGAUAGAAAUUGAAAGAGGUUACUUACAGCAUAAACCCUCCCUCUGUGCUCGGUGAGUUGGUUCAGUCCUGUUUUGCAUAAGUUCCUUUUGAGUAGAUCCAUGUGUGGAUACAUAAUACUGAAGACUUACUCUGUUUGCUUGAGUGGAUGUAUGUCUUGAAGAGGAGCUGUGUGCAUUCGCGGCAAACAGUAACAUUUGCAAAAUCAACAUGUAUUGUGCUUAUCCUGUCCCGGGAAUGGGCAGCAAUUCUUUGAUGUAUUACUACAAUGGAAAAACGGUAUAUGCACCAUCCCCAAAUUCCGAUGAUUUCAACCGCGAAUCUCCUAGCUACCCAUCUCCUAAGCCACCAACCAGCAUGUUUGCUAGCUCUUUCUUUAUGCAAGAUGGGACCCACAAUUCUUCUGACCUUUGGAGUUCAUCAAAUGGGAUGAGCCAGCCUAGUUUUGGUGGAAUUCUGGGGACCUCCACUUCCCACAUGUCUCAAUCCAGUAGUUAUGGCAGCCUUCAUUCACACGAGCGCUUGAGUUAUCCUCCACACUCGGUUUCACCGACAGACAUAAACACCAGUCUUCCUCCGAUGUCCAGCUUCCACCGCAGCAGCACCAGCAGCUCCCCAUAUGUUGCUGCCUCACAUACUCCUCCCAUCAAUGGAGCAGAUAGCAUUCUAGGAACCAGAGGGAAUGCUGCUGGAAGCUCACAGACAGGUGAUGCACUUGGAAAGGCUUUGGCAUCUAUUUAUUCUCCUGACCAUACCAGCAGCAGUUUUCCAUCCAACCCAUCAACGCCAGUCGGGUCACCUUCACCUCUCACAGGUACCAGUCAGUGGCCCAGACCUGGAGGACAGGCUCCUUCAUCCCCAAGCUAUGAAAACUCGCUCCACUCCCUGAAAAAUCGAGUUGAGCAGCAACUUCACGAGCAUUUGCAAGAUGCAAUGUCCUUCUUAAAGGAUGUCUGUGAGCAGUCUCGAAUGGAAGAUCGUUUAGACAGACUAGAUGAUGCUAUCCAUGUGCUGCGGAACCAUGCUGUGGGACCCUCUACCAGUUUGCCUGCUGGUCACAGUGACAUACACAGUUUAUUGGGACCAUCCCAUAAUGCACCAAUUGGAAGCCUCAAUUCCAACUAUGGAGGAUCAAGCCUUGUUACAAACAGCCGAUCAGCUUCGAUGGUUGGAACUCAUCGAGAAGAUUCUGUUAGUCUCAAUGGCAAUCAUUCAGUCCUGUCUAAUACUGUCUCUGCUUCAAGCACAGACCUGAACCAUAAAACACAAGAAAAUUACAGAGGUGGUUUGCAAAGUCAGUCUGGAACUGUUGUUCCAACAGAAAUCAAGACUGAAAACAAAGAGAAGGAUGAAAACCUUCAUGAACCUCCUUCAUCAGAUGACAUGAAGUCAGAUGACGAAUCCUCCCAAAAAGACAUCAAGGUCUCAUCCAGAGGCAGAACAAGCAGUACUAAUGAAGAUGAGGACCUGAACCCUGAACAGAAAAUAGAAAGGGAGAAGGAAAGGCGGAUGGCUAACAACGCCAGAGAACGCUUACGCGUACGGGAUAUUAAUGAGGCUUUCAAAGAGCUUGGCCGAAUGUGUCAGCUUCAUUUGAAGAGUGAAAAACCCCAAACAAAGCUCCUUAUUCUUCAUCAGGCCGUGGCAGUCAUCCUUAGUCUAGAACAGCAAGUCAGAGAGAGAAACCUUAACCCCAAAGCAGCCUGCCUUAAGAGAAGGGAAGAAGAAAAAGUUUCUGCCGUAUCGGCAGAGCCACCAACCACACUGCCAGGAACCCAUCCUGGACUUAGUGAAACUACCAACCCUAUGGGUCAUAUGUAAACAUCAGCCAGUUCCAGAGUUAUCAGUAGGCUAGAUAGAAGGUGACCUCUCCUCAUAAGGACUUGGACAACUCAGAUUAUCUGAAGACACAAACCUGGCAGGAGGGAGAAGAAGAAAACAAAACACUUGAAGCAAGAAACUCAAAUGUAAUCCUACGAUCAAAGAACUGGUCAGCACUUCCCUCCAAAGUGAAGUGAGGCUAGGAAGCUCAUCAGAUAGAACGUCACCCAUGAGAGCUUGCACACAUCAUUUGGUUGCAAGCAGCGUGUCGCUUCUGCACAAUCAGAGACUGUCUCGAUCUCUCCACUCACCGUGGAAGUUGCCUUGUGCCUAAACUGAAUUGACAAAUGCAUUGUAACUACAAAUUUUAUUUAUUGUUAUGGAACUGUAAGGUCUACAUAUAAAGGGAAAAAGUUAAUGUGGGAAGCUGAUCUCCACUCAGCUGAUGCCAGCAUUCACUAAAGCUGUUCACGUGCAGAGAACAAAGCAGUGACAACCAUUGGCCCUUAGCAUUCCCGGCAUACCUGUUAGUGUCUUAAAAAGGAAGGGAAAAGUCUUUUGUUGCCCUCUCCUAUCCUUUUGCCAUAUUAAUAGUGUUUUCCAUGAAAUAGGAAACUAUUACUUGGUAUAGCAUUUCUCUC